AUGGAACUUAAUAAACUUGCUGAAUCAGAAUCCUUAGAUGUCACAUUCUUAUCGAGUCAUGAGGCACGAACAGAUGCAAAUUUUAAUCAUUCAAGAGCUCCAGAACAAAUUUAUAUUACAUCAUAUAUUGCUGCUUGUUCUUUAGGUCGUACACCUGGAUCAAAUCAGUAUACAUGUUAUCGACAUAUGCAAGGAUCAUUUGACUAUUUAAAAAAUUUACAUGCUUUAGCAUUGUAUUCAGGUACAAUUGGUGCCUUAUUAGAAAAUAAUGUGCAAAACUGGGAUCACCCUACUUUAUUAGCAGAAACUUCUUGGUUACGUUGUAACAAUAAUUUCUUCAAAACAUAUAAUCAUUUUUAUAAUAAAGGCAAUAUUGAUGGACCACCACUAGUAUUUCCAACUGCAAGAAUUUUAUCAGCUACAGAGAAUAAUAUCGAUACAAUACAAAAUAACUUACAACCUACUGAUAUAAUAAUUUCAAACACAAAUUUUAAUUCGGAUAUAUAUAAAUAUAGUAUCCACAUUAAUGAUAUAAUUGGAAAUUAUCUUCCAUCAGUUAAUGAACAUGAAAGUCCAUAUGAAUCAAUAGCAAUUGAUUAUAUGAGUAAUACUCAGAUGACACCUACUGAAACAGAUAAAUUAUUUUGUCACUAUACAAACUUUCCAACAAAAAUAAUUCUUAAAGAAGGUAUGAGGGUAAUAUUUCUUAAUAAUUCAUUAUUUACUAAAGGAUUAUCCAAUGGUUCCAUAGGUGUAGUCUUGAAAGUUAUUAAUAAUGAUACAAUUCAAGUAGCUUUUCCAUUAAAAGUGGGUAUUGCUAAUUAG